AUGGAUAAUACUCUUGUCAACAAGGGUCUGGAUUUAAAAUUGGAGGAUUCAACACCAAGUACUACUGGCGAUGAGGACGAUCAGUCUAACCAUGCUACUGCUGUUACUGCCUCGAAACCGUCUGAUUGUCAGAAAUCUUCGCAUAAAAGUAACUGGAAUAAUUCAUUAAAAGGAUGUUCUUUGAGUUUACGUGUACCUCGUUCGAAAAGCGAUUGUCGAUUAAUCGAUGAUAAAGAAAAAGAAACUAUUCAAAUUUAUCGGGCAAAUUCAAAUUUGGAAUCGGAAGGAAGUGAGCAGAAAGGAAUUGAACGGCAUGGAUAUGGAUGCUGCAAGUUUUGCGUGGUACUUCUUAAGUGCACGGGCAUACUUUGCUAUAUAUUUUGUUGUCCACCUGUACCGGAAAUAAUUGCACGAAAAUUAGCAUUUCAUCCAUUAGAUAAAGGGCAAACAUAUGUGGUGAGUGGCGUGGAUAUCCACGGAAAUAACGUGAAAGUAAAAAAUGCAAAAAAGGCAUCUAAAUUAACAUCACUAAAAUUUGAACCACAAAUAUUGAUGGAAGGACGGCCACUUUCAACACGAAGUAUUCAAACUUCAAUUAUUAAAACUAAACGUGGCUCGUAUUUACCAAUUUUAAAAAUUAAAUUAAAUCCAAUUUGGGAUGAAAAUGAUGAAACUAGAAAUUUGGUCGUGUUGUUUUCACAACCAAACAGUUCUGAUUUAGGUUGCUAUUUUCAACCACACGGAAUCAAUUUGAGAAAUAUUUCUGAUUUAUUGCAAGUUACCGUAUAUGCUUAUGAUUAUUCUGGAUAUGGUAUAAGCACUGGUUCUCCUUCUGAGAAAAAUAUUUACAGCGAUAUUGAAGCUGCAUAUAAGCAUAUUUUUGAAACUGAAGGACCUAAUGUUCGUAUUGCAUUGCUUGGUUACAGUAUUGGUACAGUACCUACAGUUCAUAUGGCUUCAAAGCACCCACAAAAUCUUUGUGGUGUCAUACUUGUGGCACCAUUGGCAUCUGCUUUGAGACUGUACACAAAACGAGCUCAAGGAUGCUGCAUGGAUAGAUUUUUAAACUAUGAAAUGGCAGCAGAAGUAAACGUUCCCGUAUUAAUUUGUCAUGGUAAAUUCGACGAUGUAAUACCACCAGAUCAUAGUGAAAUGUUACUUAAAAGAUUUCCACGUGCUGUUACACCACUAUUUGUAAAUCACGCUAACCAUUUGACAAUAUUUUCUGGACGUUACUUGUCAGUAUUUUGGAGAAUUAGACGUUUUCUUGUAAAUGAAACUGAUUCAUUGCAACAUUGUAAUGCACAGUAA